AUGGAAGUGAUGGAAAUCGUUGGAAAAGGUCCACUAAGAGCUCCAAUAACUCUUGCUCUCGAAAUGGAGUUCAUAGGGGUCUUUUGGAGCAUUCUGGAGCAUAUGGGACGAGGAGCAUGGAGGGACUUGGCACAUGGAAGCAGCUCAACUGGACACGCAAAGGAAGAAGGGAGAAGCCAUCUUGAAGACCAGCUCGACCGUCUACUCGACCAACCGGUCGAGUUCCUCAACUCGACCGGCCAAGCUUCAACUCGAUCGAGCUGA